AUGAUGGCGUGCCCUUCGUCCAAAACUAGCCUAGUGCAGGCCAACCUCCACCACAGCGGAACUGCGUCGGCUCAAUUACGCAAGUGGUUGGAGGUUCAAAGGACUGCCAUAGCCCUAAUCCAGAAGCCGUGGGUUGGGGCUGGUAAAAUUAAAGGCCUAAACAAUCUAAAAGGUAAGCUAUUCUCCAGCUCUGAACACGACAAGCCUAGGGCGUGUAUUUACACUACUAAGGAUAUCUGUGCACAACCAUUAACAGAUUUCUGUUCUAGAGACAUGUAUGCCGUGGCAAUACAAUACACACAGGAGAGAAGAUUAGUCGUCGCCUCGGUCUACAUGCCGGAGGAAGACACUCUUCCCCCUCAUGACCUCGGCAGGCUGGUGAACUUCUGCGAGAGGACCGGACUAGAGGUUGUGAUCGGGACGGACUCCAACACACAUCAUCCCCUUUGGGGAAUGGAAAAACCAAAUGAACGAGUGGGGGGUAAAGCCCUAAUAGUCAGACUUGUUGCCAUAUUGAGAGUCUGUCUGGCUCUUAAAUAUGUUCCUAGGGGAUGGAGGGAAGUGAAAGUCACAUUCAUACCCAAACCAGGUAAGAGCAACUACACUGACCCUGAAUCCUAUAGGCCCAUUAGCCUCACAUCCUUUCUCCUAAAGACGAUGUGUGAAAUGGAAUUAAGGGGGUCGGCGCUAAUGAACUUACACUAG